AGUCGUGUAAAAAUAGUGGAUGCGAAAUGAGUCGUUCGUUCUCGUCGUACUGCAUGUCUGCGUUUCUUGUACGAUUAGUCUUGAUAGCGUAUGCCGACUUUCACGACUCGAACUUCGAUGUUCCGUACACGGAUGUGGAUUACAACGUGUUUACCGAUGCGGCUAGAUACGCACUGGAGCAACGGUCGCCUUUCGAGCGUCAUACCUAUCGGUACUCGCCGUUUUUGGCCUGGCUGUUGAUACCGAACAUCGUGGUCCACAGAGACUUUGGAAAGGUCCUGUUUUCCGUGAUCGAUAUAUUGAUCGCGUUCCUAAUUAGGGAGAUUCUUGCGCGACAGAAGUGUAACAAGUUCAUCAGAGACGUCUGUGCAGUUUUGUGGCUUUUCAAUCCGUUAACGUUGGUGAUCUCGACGAGAGGCAACGCAGACUCGCUCGCGGUGUUUUUAGUUAUGCUCACGUUGGACUUGUUACAGAGAAACAAAAUCGUAGCGGCCGGAUUGUUACACGGAGUGUCCGUGCACUUUCGAUUGUACCCGAUGAUAUUCAGUUUGCCCAUGUUCUUAUCUCUGUCCAAGAACAAUCGUUUUCUACCGAACAGGGAUCAAUGGAAGCUCGCGUUCAGUUGCGCGUUCUCCGUCUUUGCAUUAACGGCCAUAAGUUACUAUUUGUACGGCUUUAAGUUCUUAUACGAGAGUUUUCUGUAUCAUUUAGUGCGCAAGGAUACCAAGCACAAUUUCUCCGUGUAUUUCUACAUGCUCUAUUUAUCAGCCGAUGAGGCUCAGAAUUUGAUUCUGAAGCUUCUCAUGUUUUUGCCGCAAUUGAAUUUGUUGCUGAUGUCGGCGUAUUAUUAUUCGGAAAAGUCCAAUUUACCGUUUGCGAUGUUUGUUCAAGCGGCAAUCGCGGUAAUGUACAAUCCGGUAAUGACUUCCCAGUAUUUCUUCUGGUUUCUGUCUCUGUUACCUCUGUGUCUGCCGAAUAUCAAGAUGAGUAUAACUAGAUGCAUUUGUUUAGGAUGUUCCUGGGUCUUGAGUCAAGCCAUUUGGUUAUUCGCUGCUUACAAGCUGGAAUUCCAAAGUUUUAAUUCGUUCUACUUCCUUUGGCUCUCUGGCCUCCUAUUUUUCUCCGUUAACGUAAAAGUUUUAGUAGACAUUAUUCGUCAUUAUAAAAGUUAGUUACAAGUACGCAAUAUUUGUCGCAGCAAUAUGCACGUUAUUUCAAAAUAAAUUAUUUCAAAACUCAA